CGCAUGUGCACGAGACAUCAUCUAGCGGUAAUACUCGGCGCAAGUCGGCGUCUGAUCACUCAAGGUAAAAUUGCUCAGGGAAGUGUUUUGGAGCACAUUUGAAGCAUCUGUGAGCCACAAACCUCACAAAAUGGCGAUGGCAACAAACCAAAGUAAAGGUAGUGGUUGGCCUCGUCGAGCGAGCAAUAGUUCGUUCGACGGGAAAGUGGUGCAGAAUCAGUCAGUCACUAUCAACAGGACUGUCAAUUUAUAUCCUUUGACAAACUAUACAUUUGGAACAAAAGAGCCACUCUUCGAGAAAGAUCCAUCAGUACCAGCAAGAUUUCAGCGUAUGAGAGAUGAAUUCGAUAAAAUUGGUAUGCGGAGAAGUGUGGAAGGUGUUCUACUUGUACAUGAACACGGAUUGCCACAUGUUCUCCUACUGCAACUUGGCACAACAUUCUUCAAAUUACCCGGUGGUGAACUCAACACAGGAGAAGAUGAGGUAGAGGGCCUAAAACGGCUCCUUACUGAGACUUUCGGACGAUCAGAUGGAGUAAAGUUAGAAUGGGCCAUAGAAGAUACUAUUGGAAAUUGGUGGCGGCCAAACUUUGAACCUCCUCAAUAUCCAUACGUACCGCCACAUAUCACAAAACCGAAGGAACAUAAAAGAUUAUUUCUCGUACAGCUACAAGAAAAAGCUCUUUUUGCCGUACCAAAAAAUUACAAAUUAGUUGCCGCACCAUUAUUUGAAUUAUAUGAUAAUUCGCAAGGAUAUGGUCCUAUAAUUUCAUCUUUGCCGCAAUCGUUGUGCAGGUUUAACUUUAUCUACAUGUAAAAAUUAAGUUAAAAACACCAAAAAAUUGACUUUUUUUUAAUUUAAUGAAAUUAAUUACAAUAGAAAUGCAUAAGAAAUAAACAUGUAACAAACGAUGUGACAGACGAUUUGAAACAAUUUCAAUUCUAUAAAAAACAUUAAAACAGA